CACAGAAGGUAAAAGUUUGAAGUCACUGGAAAAAACGGGAGGAGAAUGAGUGCUGGAGUUUUGCUGAGGUGAAAAGGGUGGAGAGGCUUGACGCCCGCAUAAAAGAAGGAGGGGCACGCACUGGCAGGGAAGUACAUCUCAAGUGAUGGGGGACAGAGUUCAGGGGAAUGAGGAGAAAGCACUCAAGCUCGUUUCAGCUCCGCGCGUAAUCGUGUCUGGAGAACUUUUACGCACGGCGCAUAGGUGCGUCACCGCGCCCUUUAGGGAUGCUAACGAGAUCAUCGAAGCUGAUUGGGAAAUUCGGUGGAAGUAUUAAGCAGGAGGUGGGGUAGAAGCGAGUGAUAUAUAUUGAAAUAGCGGAGAGAAAGAUCAUCCUCGGCGCUGGCAUCGCGGAGCAAAGUCACCCGGGCAGGCAGACAAACAAGACAAGAAAAGACGAGGAGGCUGUGACGCUCUCAUCCCGAAGUGUGCGCUCGACUUGGAUGCGCGCUCGGCUGCACGUGUUUCGAGCAGCGACCCCCCCGCCGACCCUAACGCCGGAGCACCGCGGUCCGGGGUCCACCCGCAUCCAGUCCCGGACGGUCCACUGAAGACCCUCGGCGCUUUUCAGGAUAUUUAACCAGACCAAGUUAAUUUGUUUGAUUUAUUAAAGCAGACGUAUAGCGGACUUAUCGAAAAGGAUUUUUUAAAGCACAUUGAAGCUAUCAAGAGAAGGGCAACGCCCCCAAUCCCCCUUAAAAAAUCACUUUCCCCAGCAUCAGUCGUCCGCGUGAGCUAUGAGGGAACUGCACGUGCACGUCACCGUGGGACUGCUACUGCUUCUCACGUGCACGCUCGUCGGCGCGGCACCCACGCCGAAGACGAGCGUGAGCCGGGGUUCGAGGCGCGCCACCGCGCCGGUAAGGCGCGAGGAGGAGCUGAGACGCUUCGCCGAGACCACGAAGAUGGCGAGGACGGCGGCGGCGACGGGCGAAGCUCACUGGAGCCCCUGGGGGAGCAGCCUGGCCGUGAUUACGACGCCCCACGGGGAAAAGAGACGUUUGCAAAGAGUGAAAACAGACAGAAGGGGGGAUCGGCCAGUCGCCGCAACCCCACGAAAUCACAGAAAGAUGGACAAAUACCUGAAACACAUCACAGGUCGGCUCUACUUCAGCCCCCAGUGCAGAAAGCACGCGUCCCAUGUGUACCACCAGACCCGAGACUGCACGAUACUUGCAUAUUUCAAAAGAUGCGCCAGGCUUCUCACGCGUCUUGCCAGCAGCCCAAUGUGCACGGGAGGUUAACGUGAGCAAGUCCAAGACAAACACCUGCUAUCCAGAAUUUGAAUGGUCUUGCUUUGGGAGGAAAAAAAAAGUGCCUUGGACAUCGGGAUCGACAUCUGUAAAUCACUGUUGAACUCAGGCGGAACAAGUGUCCUUCUACUGAUCGUAUGGACGCUGCGACCACCCAAAAUGCUGAAACUUAACAAAACCAAAAAAAAAAUAAAAAUAAAUAAACCCAUCAACAAAAGGAAGCCAAUGGGAGGCAAAGAGCCCGCGAGAGACAAGAGGACCAUCCGCUUCGCUUGUGUAAAGGACUAAAGGACGCAGACUACGCCAGCCCACGCACGGAUACCGAGAUGCUGACGAGACAUCAAACAUGGUGGGAAAGAACCGAACAUUCCGUCAAAGUCCAUAUUUAUAUAUUUGACAAGAUUGGACCAUUUCAACAUUUGGGCCUACACAGUGUUUAAAAAAAAAAAAAAAAGUCAGGCUUACAAACGAUAUGUCGCUAUAUAUGAUAUAUAGGUA